GUGGCGAUUCCAAAUCUAAAGUAAAAGCGCUUCGGCCAUCGGUAUUCGAUUCGUACAGCACAAUUUUACAUUAUUUUUUCAUCUUGAAAGAUAGUUCCGUCGCCUCCGGUAUAAACAGUGGUUCUCUUAGUUUAUACACAGGUUUUGCAAAAACUUUUACGAGAAAUGGUUGCCUCGAAAAAGUCUUUCAACGUUGGUGAUUUGGUGUUUGCAAAAGUUAAAGGUUACCCGCCUUGGCCAGCGAAGAUUACUAAAAUUGAGAAAAGCAAAUACAAUGUAUACUUCUAUGGCACUGGAGAGACAGCUAACAUCAAGUUGGAGGACUUGUUUGUAUAUCGCGACACGAAAGAAAAAUAUGCUACGGAAAAGAUUAUGAAACGGAAGGGCUUUAAGGAAGCCAUCAUUCAGAUCGAGUCUGCGUUAAACGGCGAGGAUCCCAGUCCUAUUGCUCUCACUGGGCAACCUACGUCAUCUUCAGUUAGUGAAAUAAAAGCGGAAGAUAUCUUCAACGCGACCGAGACCACUUUUAAUGCGUCUCGCAUCUCAGCGAAUUCGACCGUUGUUGAUAAUAAAACUGAAAAGGAUGAUAGUCCAAAUGGCGAAGAAUCCCUUAAAAAUGCCAGCUCCGGUAGUAAGAAACAAAUCAAGAAAUCAGCAUUAGCGGCAUCCACCGCCACAGCUGAUGAUAGCGAUCAUUUCUGCGAAGCGUCUACCACACCUAAGAAAAGUGGUUCCGCACCAGUGGUUGAAGAGAAAGUUGGCAAAGAAAUCCUUACUAGUCCUGCUAAAGAUCAACCGGAAGUUGUGAGUCGUAGCGGUCGCAAAAUUAAACCGAAGCGAUUUUUAGAUGGCGAAGAUGAAGAAGCAGCUGCUGCACCACCGGCGAAGAAAAAAGCACUGCCAUCAAGAGAGAAGCCGAACACUCCACCCGCUGCUGUUCCUUCGAAGAAGGCUAAUCCAUUCGAUAAAAUCGAAAGCGAACGUGUCUAUUUUCUCAAACUUGAGCGCGAGUUGGUGGAAUUAAACUUGGAAAUUAAGUCCUGCGUUGGGUUGGCGAAAGCUGAUCCUGAGAAGUGUGUCAGUUUAAUGGAAAGAUAUCAGAAAUUGAAAGUUACUCCAACGAUGCUGAAAAAGAAUCCAAACUGCGUAGAAACAAUGAAACGGCUUAGAAAAUAUGUUGGAAAUGCUAAGGCAUGGAAUAUGGCUGACGAAGAACGAAUCAAGUUUGACUUUCAAGCUCAACAGAUCCGAUCCAAGGCAGAACAGAUUUACAAUCAAUUUAAGACAAUGUUUCCGGUCCCCGAGGGUACUGUCCCGUUUUGGGAAGCUUUCUGUGAAGAAGUGAGCAAAUUCGAAGAGGCUGCCAAGCAUCUAAGCCAAGAGGAACUGUUCUUGCUCGUCGAUGAAGCAGAUCUUAAAAGCAACACCACAGAUGAGGAGAAGAAGAAUGGCAACAACACCGAUGAAACGAUGGACGAUGAGGAUCAGAACACGGACACCAGGAGUUUAUCAUUGAAAACAUCCAAUGAUAGUACGUAAAUCGCAACGGUUAAAGGCUAAAUCAAUGCGACACUAUAUAAACUACGUUCAUAUAGUUUAGUAGGUUCUAGGAAAAUACUCGAAACGAGAGUAUUGGAUUAGUUUAUGCAAACAAACAAUUGUAAAAGUAGGUUUAAAUUGCUUUUAAAUCUGAUGGAGAUACAUUGUUUUUUUUUCUUGUUUUACUUAAACAUGAAGCCUGAAAGCUUUGCAAUUAGCUCAUUUUGCUUGAAAUAGACCUCAUUUUUUCAAAAGUUUCAUCGUAAUUAAAACAAUACUUGAUAUUAAUUUAAAUAUCAGUCAGAAAUUUUUAGCCUUCAGAAUUAGUUGCGACUGCAGUUCAUAUUGCGAACUACGAAUGUGGAUUCAAGAUGCAACCGCAAAUGAAUUGAUGAUUAAUACAGUAUAACUUUUAUUGUGUACAUGAAAAAACAAGAUAAUUUAAUAAAGCUAGCAUUAGUUAAUUUUGUCAUUUUUAGUUGGCGCCUUCAGAUAGCAAAGUAAAGUCUUGAUGCUAUGUUGCGACGAAAUUUGGCCUGCCAAUAAAAUUGUCCGUGUCACUCGGCUCGCA